AUGUUUGCAGUUAAUAGUCACCUGUUGGAUUUGGGAUACGUGGGUCAUCCAUUUACUUGGAGGAACAGACGGCAAGAGGACGGAAUUAUGGAACGCUUGGAUAGGGUAUUUGGGAAUGAUCAAUGGGUUACACUGCAUCCAUCAUCUAUAGUGCAUCAUGUGGUGGUGCCUGGCUUUAACCACGUGUUACUCUUAUUACAAAACCAAGGCCCAAGCUGGAAAUGGCGUAAAAGAUUUAGUUUUGAUCCGCACUGGGGGGAUUCAAUAGAGUGUCGAAAAGUGGUAGAAGAUAGAUGGAGUAGACGGAUUCCGGGGUCAAAGGGUCUAUAG